AUGUUCUACAACAGCCGUCUUGAUAUCUUCAUGCACCGCUGGUGUCUUAACCAUCCUGAUUUCUGCCCACGGGCGAUACAAACUAAUGACGAGGAGAUAGCAGCGGUCCAGCAACAUUCGGGAGCCUUCCGUACCGCUUUGUCUGACGUCGAGAAAUUUGGAAAUCCUGUGUUGGGUAAUGUCAAGCUUGCCUUAAGUGACGAAGAAGUAGGUGCGAGAGGCUCUAGCUUUGUUGGUGAAACGGGUGGUGGCCGCUCGGCCAUGUAUCAGAGAAUGGAGAAAGUAGAUGGAGAUGGAGAAGGGGCUCCUUUGGAAAUCAAUGGACUAAAUGGACAACCGGAUAUUUGGGGUCUGAAAUAA